UACCGACGACGGGUCGUAAAAGCUCGGUUGUUGAAGUCAGUGUAGAAAGUUUUGAUUAAUUACUAAACAGCCAUGCCUGUUUCGGGCGUCAGGGGCGGGAAGUCGAUGGGGAACUCAAGACAGAAAAAAGAAGAUGUUGCAGAGAAGGUCCGUGAAAUGAAGCUUCGACAGCAGAAUUGGAUGAAACAGAGAGAUGAACACCUUACCAAACCUGAAACUGAAGCUCCAAAAACAAAGUCUGGUAAAGAGAGUACUUCCAAUGACAGAAGUGGAGCAAAGAAGGCUUCAGCUGCUGCUACACAGUCCAUGUUGUCACGGACACAAAGUGCUGAGGGUCGGCUCAAUACCCGACCAUCCAAACCAUUCAGCGCCAAUGGAGGAGGACCCAGUCAAGUAAAUACCAGAGGAAAGUUCCAGAAUUGGCUGCAGGUGCGACACAACAGUUCUGAUGUUGCCCUGGAAACAGCAGACUCUAGUGUAAGGGAGGAAGAUGAAGGAACAGUUGACCUAGAUGGGGCUUCAGCUUACAUCCAAAGGGGAACGUCUGCCCCAGUUUGCCAACAAAGGGAUGACUUUUCUGAUUUUUCUGAGGGAGAAUUUGAAGAGUUAAAAUCAAGAUUGCUGGCGCCAACAGAUUUUGAUGCUUUGGCAGACAGAAUUGUGUCUCGUGUAAAGAAAGAUCUUGAUUUAAAUGGUACUGAUCGUCAAUAUAAGACAAGUAGUUACCAAAGCAAACGACAUGUGUCAUCAGAACUGCCAUUAGAAAAUGAAGAUUCAUCUUCUAAUAUGUCCAGUCACCAUUGUCCUUGCUGUUCUGAAAUAAUGAUUGGUUCCCAGUUUACACCACUGUUGUUGAUUCCAUGUGGUCAUACAGUUUGCCGGGAGUGCAGUCAAGGGAGAGAACUCUGUCCGGAGUGUUACUGUAGCAUUGGCUCAACCACCUGUAACAUUAUGCUACAGCAGAUCAUACAGGAAUACCAGGGCAAGAAAACUAUGCAGAAGAUUUCUCGGUCACAAACAUACAGGAAAGAUGAUCAGUACAGUCCACAGAAUUAUCAGGAACACAAGAAAGGAACACAUCCCUCAGUGGAUAACAACCAUUACAAAGAGCAGCUGCAGAAUCUCUGUACACGCCUCGACGUCCUGUCGUCGGAGAAGACGUCCGCCCAGGUGGAGUGUGAGAGACUCUCCGAUGCUAUUCAGAGAGAGGCUGUGCAGGUGCGGAACAUCUCGAAGGAGGAAGACAACAUCUGCAGCCAGAUCGACACCCUGGGAGAGAAGCUGAACAUCCUGAGACAGCAUCGAGGUGGAGUAAUGCGAGAGUAAAUGUGAAGAGAUGAAGAGUGAGCGCGAGGAGGCACAGAGGCGUCUCACCAUGCUGAAGGAGGCGAUGGAGAGUCUGAACAUUGAGCUAGAAAAGGUGCAGCUGCUUUCAGAGGCAUGAUGGAUGAAAGGAACAGACAUCAGGGGCACGUCUUCACUUUUAUGACCAAAGACUUGGCUCUAAAUACUCUAGGCUUGUGUCUUUGUGAGUUCUUCUGGAGCAGGAAAGAGCUGAAGUAGUUCAUGGUUCUUCUCAAUGAGGAUUCAAACAGUAGAGAGAAGGAACAGACAUCAGUGUCUUCACUUAGAUGACCCAACUAUUUGGUGGGCUACCAGGUUCCAAGAGCUCUGGGUUUGGCUCUUCAUGAGCUCUUGGAGGACAGAUCUGAAGUUGCUCAUGGCUCAGUGAGAAUUCCAGGAUAGAAUGUAUCUGUAGAACCACAAGGCAGUCCAUAGAAACAGGUCCCAGUAGACUUUUCUCUCAAUUAGCAUUCCUGGGCACAAGAGACGAACAGAUUUCAAGUAUCCCAUGCUUGUCUCUCCUUUGUUUGGAGUAGAAUACAUCUCAAGUAUGCUAACUCCAGUGGCUGAUUGUAGGAUAGAAUAUAUCAAAGAGUAUUCCAUGCACAUUCCAGUAUCUCACUUUACAUAUUCCAUGGAAGAUAGUUUCCUGGAAGCUUCUCUUCCCAUGUGUAUUCUGUGGCAGAACAGAUCCCCAGUAACCAAACCUUGAGUGUGAGUAUCCCAGGUGAGAGGUGUUCCUCUUGUUUGUCUUCCUU